AUAAAUGAUGUUCUGAAACUUGAAUCUGGUCCUGGUCCAGUAGACAUAAGCUCUGGACUCUCAUUUUGUGGAACUGGGAAAAACAUCUCUUGUAAUUCAGAUUGGGCAACCAAAGUAAAGGAGUGGCAGACUGCAGAGCAGUUGACAAGGAUGAGAGAUGAAGAACCAUUGUUGAAGAAUGGGAGUGAUCGAAAAUUUAAUGAACUUUGCGUUGUUUGCGGAGAUAAGGCUUCUGGUCGUCAUUAUGGAGCUGUUAGUUGUGAAGGAUGUAAAGGAUUUUUCAAAAGAAGCAUCCGUAAACAACUUGGUUAUGCGUGUAGAGGAAAUCGUGAUUGUGAAGUUACAAAACAUCAUAGGAAUCGCUGCCAAUAUUGCCGUCUACAAAAGUGCCUUACCAUGGGCAUGCGGGCAGAUUCUGUGCAGUCAGAGAGGAAGCCAGCAGAUUCAAGAGAGAAACCUAUUACUCCUCCAAUGGCAGCAAGUUCUCAAAGAAUUUAUGACACGAGGACAAACGUGAAUGUUGGCAACUCAGAUUUAAGCACAUUAGCUAAUGUAGUGACUUCAUUAGUUGCUAUGAAGCAAGGCCCUGGUGAUCAGAGUCACUGCGAUAUUUCACUAGUCACUGUUAAUGGGGAUUCCCAUAACAGAUUGCUAUCUAAGGACAGCAGCAAUGUUAUAUCCAAAGCAUUUGACACUAUGGUUAAGGUAGCUGGUGGAUGUUCUGACCAGUUAGCUUUACAUUUAGAACCUGAAAAUGAUUCAUUGUUUGAAUUUGAUGGUCCAUUACUUUUAGAGUGUCAUGUAGCUUUUCAUCUGACAACUCCAAAUCCGGGUUCGUCUUACCUCAACGUCCACUAUAUAUGUGAAAGUGGUUCUAGGCUUUUAUUUCUUUCAGUGCAUUGGGCUAGAUCCAUACCUGCAUUCCAGUUACUUCAACCAGAAGUUCAAGCUGCUUUGGUUAGAAGUUGCUGGAGCGAGUUGUUUACUUUGGGUCUUGCACAGUGCUCUCAAGUUAUGUCUGUGAAAACUAUUUUUACUGCGAUAAUAAGUCACUUACAGUCAAGUGUGCAGCAAGAUCGUUUAUCAGCCUCUCGUGUAAAACAAGUAACUGAUCACAUAUGCAAGCUUCAAGAUUUUGUAAAUUCCAUGUUAAGAUUACAGAUUGAUGAGCAUGAAUAUGCUUAUUUAAAAGCUAUCGUUCUUUUCAGCCCAGAUCACCCAUCUUUGCCCAGUGCAAGGCAAGUAGAAAAGUUCCAAGAAAAAGGAUACCAAGAACUUCGAUCUUAUAUUGGCCAAACAUUUCCUGAAAAUAAUGACAGAUUUCCGAAAUUGCUUUUGAGAUUACCCGCUCUUCGAUCAUUGCAACCAUCAAUCACUGAAGAAUUAUUUUUCUCUGGCCUUAUUGGAAAUGUUCAAAUCGACAGUAUCAUUCCUUAUAUAUUGAGUAUGGAUUCCAGUGAAUACACGCCAGAAAUGGGUUCUCCAUUAGGAGGACAUGUGCCAGGGAGUAAUCUUCCACAGUGAUCAACAAAAGUGACCUUCCCACAGUUUUGACAUCAUGUGUAUUAAAUUCCUCUUUCUUCAUAUAAUUGUCUUUGUACAAAAGUGAUUUUAGACUUUCUUAGUUCACAUGAUGCUGCUUCAUUGUAGAGUGCAAGAAGACAUUUUUGUUUUUAUGUCCAGUUUUUUUAAGAAAUGAUAUUUUAGUAAGUCAUUGUAUGUUUACAUUGUGCAGUAGGGAUGGGAUGGGUAACCUAAGCUAUGUUGCUAUCAGCGAUAUGUUACUGAUUUGUAGUUUUUGUAUAUUUUUUGUUUAAGUUUGCUCUUUCAUACGAAUUCCGGUGCAACACGUUUUUUGUAUUAAAAUAUAUUUUUAUUUGUUCUGUUGCUUAUAGAACCCAUUCUUGUAAGAUGUUUAUUAGAGUUAUAUGUUUACACUGAAAUGACUGAAGAAGUCAUUUUUCAGCUCAUGUAUGUACUUGAAUUCAUUUGUCAUUUGCAUAUCUGUUUCAUGGGGCUGGAAUCAAUAGUUAUAUAAAAAUGUUAUAUUUUACUUUUAGAUGUGUCUUUCAGUUUCGGAAAUUUCAACUGUAUUGCAUUUUAUUCAGUCUGAAGUUGUUUAAGGACUAAGUAAUGUGGUAUAUCGUAUCAGGCUAAUUUAUAGUAUUUUAUUUUCCUAAUACCAGUUUAAUUAUGUCUUUGUUUCUAUAACAUACAUGUAAUAGAAAUCAAAUGCAGUUUUUAUAGUGUAAAAGCAAAAUCUAAUUUUUGAUGCCAGCCACAUAAUCACUGUUAUAUAUGGUAUAUAUUUUCUAUAUAUUAAGCUUGCUUGCUAUAAAUUUUAAGUGGUGUGCAAAUUAUUCUUUUGUAACAGAAAAAAAUCAAGUUGAUAUAUUUAAAUUAUAUGAACUAGUGGUUAUUCUCUUUAUGAUUUUAAGGUAAUUUUCACUAUUAGCACAGUUAGUGCCAUUGAGGAAAAAACAUUGAUAAGAGAUCAGUUUAGUACAAAGAAUAAAAUAUUUUUUUAAUGAAAAGCUUAAGUAGGAAUUUUCUCUGUUUUAUACACUUGUUGAUUAAAAAUAUUUCAAAACCUUUCAGUAGCAGUGUAUGUAGACAUUUAUUCUAGUCUCUAUUUAAAUAAGCAAAACUGCUGAGUAAGUGUUAAUAAGUAACAUGUAAUUUUAUGCAUGACCAUGCCCAUUUUGUAUAUCUGUUAAGAAGGAAUUAUAAUAGAUAAAAAGUGGUGUUUUAAAAUUUGCAACUCAUUUAUAUCUAAAUGCUCACUAUCUUUUUUUUUUUUUUUUUUAAAUUAAGGUUAUGCUAUUUUGCAAAUAACUUCUUUUUUCCAUCUGUUUAAAUUUAUUUUAUUUAGGUGUUUUAAUAAGUUUAGAUUUUGUUAAGUAUGACCUGAAAGGUACUGGUGCUGCAGUAUUGAUUUUAGAAGUUUUAGAUCUGUGAUAUUCUAAUCUGCUGUGACGUUGUACUGUGGUAUUUCUAUGAUGUAUUCUGCAUGAAUGUGUGAUUUAUCAAUGUGUCAUUAUGAAUAUAAAUCUUGUUAUUGAUCUUGGUACAAGUUCAUAUUUUGUGUGUAUUUAAAUAUAAAUGCACUUACAGCUUUUUCAAUAAGGGAAAAAUUUCCGAUACUGCAUAAUCUUCAUCUAAUAGGAUUCAAAAUGCUUUGUAACAUUUUUAAAAGGGUGUCUUAAUGUGUUUUUGAAAGCUGCUAUUCUCAUGUAUUCUAGUCCACAGUAUAAAUAAUUGAAUUUUUGAAGAACAAGUUUUAUGAUAUGUUUUAUGUCUAUGUAAAGAAAAUUCAAGCUUCAUAACAGUGCAUUUUUUGUGUGUUUAUUCACAAUAUUUUUAUAGUAAGUUUUUCACUUUUUAUUUUUCAUUCAGAUAGUGGAAUUGUAAAUUUACAUUGUGUCUUUGUGUAGAAAAUGUAGUUUUUUUUUCAUCAAAAUUAAGAAAGGAAUUUUGGUAUUGUUGAGAGAUUUAUUUAGUAAUUUUCCUUUUAAAAAUAAUUAUUUAGUUGAAUAAACUUUGUAGUUUAAUGUUUAACAAGAAAAAGCAAGCAUUUAAAAAUUCUAAUUAUUUAAGGGAAGCAGCUAACAAUUUAUAGCAGAUUCUUUCAUUCUCUAAUUAUAAAUAUUUUUAUCCCCCCCUUUUCUGAUUUUUAAUUAUUCAUUAGACUUUUAACAAUCAACUUAACUUGCUUUAAAUAUUGAUUGUAAAAACAAUAUAUUUUGAGAUUAUAGAGAAAAUAAAUUAUUAAAUGCAAAUCUGAAAAUCAUGCUUCUAUUCAAAAUACCAUAGUAUAAAGGUAAUUCUUUGCCAUAAAGAAGUGUCCUUAAGCAUGACGUGUAUCUUUUCCAUUAAUUAUUAAAUGCUUUAAACUAUAUACAUCUACAUUAGAAGUGGUUCUUCUGAAUCAUGUUUUACUAUGGUUGUGAAAUAUGUCUUUUUAAAAUCAGUAUGUUAAGGACAUGUACGUAUGCCUAUGUAAAGUUUCAGUAAAAUGGCACUUCAUUCAAGACUAAUUUUAAAAACUCAUGGUAACAUUAUUAUAAAUUAAUUUUCUCUUGGAGAAUUUGAAAACAGAAAAUGAAUCUAUUAUUAUGUAAAAGUGAAUGUGCAAAUUUUCAUUAUGCCAUAUUUCUAACUAAAAAUGGAUAAAAAUUGGCAUUUGUUACUGAGUUAAAUUUUCAUAAAUCUCUAAAUGUUAGUUGCAAAUCUUGAGUUUGGGCUUUCAUAAAAAUAUAAGCAUGUAUAAUUUUAUCUAAAAGAAUGCUUAUGUAAUUCUUAAAUUUGUACAAAAAUUAAAAUAUUACUUAAAAAUCUGAAUAUAUAUAUAAUAUUUAAUAAUUGCUAAUUUUGCAUUAUGUUAAUUGUUGUUAAUUACAUCUUUUCAUCAUCAUUUUAUCUGUUACUGUAAUAUCUCAAAUGAAUACUGAAUGAAUGAAUACUCAAAUGUAUCUGAAAAUGAUACCAAAUUGUAUUCCAAUGUUAAACCUGUAUUAGUCAUUGUUCUAAAAUUAUUAAAUGAAAAAUGUAACAUCACUUCCAUAAUUAUUCUUAUAUUCAUCUUUCAUUCAUGUCUUUUAAUGAAUUCUCUCAUGUUAUAUAUAUAUAUAACCAAAACAGUGCUUCCCAAUACUGAAAUUUUAAGUCAGCAUGUUAAAUUUAUUUUUAAAAAAUGAUGCAUAUCUUCCUUUACCACAACCUGUUUAUUUUUAUGCUUAUUUAUUUCCUUUUUUGACCUCAAAAGAAUUCUUCCACAUUUGAUAGUGGUGUAUUAUUUUUGCACAGAAUCAUAUCUGUGUUUUCUUGUGAUGUUCAAUUAAAAAAUUUAGAUUUUAUAUUAAUUUUUAUUUCACCUGCAUUUCAGAGCUUUCCAGUUUGUUAUACCUUUUAGCUCUUUCAUUAAUAAAAGCAUAUUUAAAGCAUUUGCACGUGUAUCUAACUUUCAUAUUCAAUUUUAUAUAAAUCAAGAUUGAGUACAUUUACAUUUUACUGUACAGGAUUGCAUGUGAAAUUGGCUGACCCUUCAUCAGUAUAAAUGGCACCCAUUUUUCCAUAAAAUUGUUCCAUUAGAGAAGUUUGAUUGAAUAUCAACCUUGAAUUGUGUUUGUCUAACCGUUCAUUUGACUAAGUAAAAGUAUUAUGUUAAACUGAAGUGUUUAAUAUAUUUUUUGUCUGUGGUGUAUGGUUAAUUUUCACACAUUUAUGUAAAUUUAUUGCUCUAAAUAACUUCCAUGAUGAUAAUUUUCAUAUUAAAAUUUUUUUAGCUAUGUUUAACAAUUUUAAGGGUCAUACACAUUGUAUUUUGUUUGUCAGUACAGAAUCAUAAUAUCUGAAAAUUAAAAGAAAAUUGAAAUUGGAAACUCUAAUUGAAGUUAAAGGGAAUGAAAAACAUUCAGAAUGAGAAACUGACAUAUGUUUACUUAAAUAAUUUGUGUACUUCAUCAUUGAACAAAUUGGUUUUAUUUAUAUAUAUAUAUAUGUAUACGAAAUUGCAUUUGAGUUUUGUUGAAAUGAUCUCAUAGCUUGAUGUUGAAGUAUUUUUGGUGUAAUGAUUUUUUUAUUUUUUACUUCAGUUAAUUAUUACAUAUUGCUAAUUUAAAGUGCAUUGCUAUUAUGUUCUGUCAGUUUACAGCCUUUAAUGCAUUGAUGUAAAAUGUGCCAUGUACACAAAUGAGCCUAGCAUUUCUUCUGUUUAUAUGGAUGUAUGUUUGGGUACCUAACUCAUCCCUUUUAUGUAGAUUGCAUCAAAGCACAAACUUCAGUAUUUAGAAGUAUCUCAGGUUUUAUAUAAACUUUCAGGAAGCAAAUGCUUUUUAAAUUUUCUUUGUUAAAUAUAACAGUUUCAAGCCUUGUCCAUUUUUCAUUAUCAUUUUAUGGUAAGUCUGUCUGGGAGACUGCCUUGUAACUUUUUCAUCUGAUCCCGGUUGCUGUGUAGCUCAGCAAGAAUGGUUGUAUACUAGAUAAUUUAUAUGGUUCAUAGACUUGGAAUCCAAGGAUUAAAUAUAUUUGAGUGA